UCUUUCUGUAAGACGUCAUUCGCUUGAUUUCUCGAACCUCCCUGAUUAUUUAUUAUACCGCCCUUCCAUGACCUGAACUAGAGGCGUCCCUCCGUGCGUGACGUCAGAUAGGUAGAGAUGUCAUGGCGUCUGUGGAGUCGGAGCAGAAGCUACAAACCAGAUAAAGAUUGAGCGACAGCAGGGAUCGACAUGGAGAACAAUGCAGACCCGCAACAGGACCUCGCUGGGGCGGCAGCCUGCUCAUCCAGACCCGCGGAAUUGAGCGAGAAAAAAGCGAUCGGUGUUCUGAAAAACACAUCUGAGAGCUGCAAAAACAGUGAAGCUACAACUGCUGUUGCUGUUGAUUGUAGUGCCGUAGCUUGUGUGGAUAAUCAAAAAUCUAAUAACAAUUCUGCAAAUUGCUCCUCUUCGCCAGUUAAAGACACUGUAUGUCCGUCAGGAUCCUUGAAAAUUGGUCUCGUAGACCAGACUAAUAAUAGCAAUGGGAUGGGACAGACUCAACCGGGUGGUGGUGGUGGUAAUGUUGGUGACACGACAAAGUUAGUAAACAAGACGAUCGAGACUCCUUCUGCCAAAACCGCAGUAGGGAUUAUAGAUGUCAUGAAAUGUGUUGAUAAUGAGGACUCGACGGGGCAGCAGAAGAUUUCUCAAGGGUCUGGAACUUGCCAGGACGAGAAGACACCGUCAUCAACAACAAGUUUGAGUAAAGCAACAGUGUCCAGUGACAGUGUGGCCGAGGAGCCGAGUGGGAGUGACCGGAGCGCCCAAGGUGAAUCCCUGAGCAUUACAUCUCUGGAGUCCUUUUCCAACCUGAACCAAUCCAACAACAGUGAGGGAGCCGAUGACAGGGUGCUGGCGCUCGCUCUCCAGACCGAUGAAUACGACAGCGCAGGGGGCGAUGCUAAACUGGCUGCAUCGAUCAAGUGUCAGUCCAUUUACCAUAUCAAGUGGAUAAAAUGGAAGGAGGAAAACACGCCGAUUAUCACCCAGAAUGAGAACGGGCCGUGCCCCUUGCUUGCAAUCAUGAAUGUGCUUUUACUGGCGUGGAAGGUGAAGAUGCCGCCUAUGAUGGAAAUGAUAACCGCAGAACAGCUGAUGGAAUAUCUAGGAGACUACAUUCUUGAUGCCAAACCAAAAGAAAUCUCUGAAAUUCAGCGCUUGAACUAUGAGCAGAACAUGAGUGAUGCCAUGGCGGUCUUACACAAGCUGCAGACGGGUCUCGACGUCAACGUGAAGUUCACGGGCGUGCGAGUGUUUGAAUACACACCCGAGUGCAUCGUCUUCGAUCUGCUGGAUAUACCCUUGUAUCACGGCUGGUUAGUGGAUCCACAGAUCGAUGACGUCGUGAAGGCGGUGGGGAACUGCAGUUAUAACCAGCUGGUGGAGAAAAUAAUCAUCAGUAAACAGUCCAAUCGCAGCGAGCUGGUUGGGGAAGGCUACGUGGCGGAACAGUUCCUCAACAGCACAGCCACCCAGCUGACCUACCACGGCCUGUGUGAGCUUACCUCCGCUGUCCAGGAGGGGGAGCUCUGCGUCUUCUUCAGGAACAACCACUUCAGUACCAUGACCAAAUACAAGGGCCAGUUGUACCUGCUGGUAACAGACCAGGGCUUCCUGACGGAGGAGAGGGUGGUCUGGGAGAGUUUACACAACGUGGAUGGAGACGGGAACUUCUGUGACUCGGAAUUCCACCUGAGGCUGCCAUCGGGCCCUGAGACCGUAUACAGGGGCCAGCAGGACCAGAUAGACCAGGAUUACAUGAUGGCCCUUUCUCUCCAGCAAGAACAACAAAGCCAGGACCUAAAUUGGGAGCAGCUCCCAGAGGGAGUCAGCGACCUGGAGCUGGCAAAGAAGCUCCAGGAGGAAGAGGACCGGCGGGCCUCUCAGUUCUACCAGGAGCAGGAGCAGGCCGCAGCAGCCCAGGCCCAGGCCCAGGGAGAAGAGCAAGCGCGGGGAGGGGAAGCGGCCGCUGCCACCGCCACCGCCGCCAGUCCCAGGAAACAGCUGGGGAACAGCGAGCGUAAGCACAAGAAGGAGGCAAAGGACAAAGACAAGGACCGAGAGAAGGACAGAUGCGUUCUGUUGUAACGGGGGAUGAGUUUUGCUUGGAGCCAAGUACAUGCCCUGGAAAAAGCAAAACAAACAAAAAUAACAAACCCGUUAACAUGCCGCCUGUGCCUGAUUUCCCACCCAUCUAUGUGUUCCCGUCUUCGUCUUUUUAACUGGAGGCCAGUAAGGGUAACUACUUUGAUACAGUCGGCCAAACUUUGUUCCACAUUGCACUGUGCACUAAAUUUGUGAUGUAGGGUAUGUGGGGUUACUAUUGUUUUAUAGCAAAAAAAAAAAAAAAAAUGGUAAAGACUGCGUCUUGGAAUAACAACACGUGUUACUUUGAAGACGAACUCGCUUCCUUUUAUUUUUUAAUUGAA